AUGUCAUUAAAGCCUUAUCUGCAUAAUUGUUGUGAAUUGUUCAGUACCGUAUGGCAAAUCACCAUGAACGGUUAUAGCGUAGAACAACGUGUGCGUAUAAUUAAAUUUUAUUACCAAAAUCAGUGCUCCGUUAGAAAAACUUUCCGCGCAUUCCGCGAUUUUUAUCCUCGACACAACCGUCAGGCUGAGUCGACUAUUCGACGUUUGGUAGCCAAAUUCGAGUCAACUGGUUCAAUAAAUUAUCAGCCAACACCUAUACGUCAACGAAAUGCAAGAUCUAUUGAGAACAUCGCUGCUGUGCGUGAUAGUGUACGGGAAAACCCAAGACAGUCAAUUCCUCGUCGUUCACAAGAACUUGGUCUUUCUGUGACUUCAACUUGGCGAAUUUUGCGUCAAGACUUGGGUCUGCACCCGUAUAAAAUCCAACUAACACAAGCACUCAAGGUAAAUGACCAUACACAACGUCGUGUAUUCGCUGAUUGGGUUCUGGGGCAGUUAGCAGUUGAUCCAAACUUCGCUAAAAAAAUAAUCUUUAGCGACGAGGCCCAUUUUUGGAUGAAUGGAUACGUUAACAAACAAAAUUGUCGGAUUUGGGAUGAUACCAAUCCACACAAGACACACCAAAACAAAAUGCAUCCCGAAAAGGUCACUGUUUGGUGCGGAUUUUGGUCUGGCGGAAUCAUUGGUCCGUACUUCUUCCAAAACGAAACAGGCAUUGCCAUAACCGUCAACGGUGAGCGCUACAGAUCAAUGAUCAACAACUUUUUUUGGCCUAAGCUCGAUGAUAUGGAUACUGAGGACAUGUGGUUCCAGCAGGAUGGUGCUACGUGUCACACAGCGCGUGCAACGAUGGACAUUCUGCGUGAACGAUUUGAGGGCAUGGUGAUAUCACGCAAUGGUGACAUAAACUGGCCUCCGAGAUCGUGCGAUUUAACGCCAUUAGACUUUUUUCUUUGGGGCUAUCUUAAAUCGCAGGUCUAUGCAAAUAAACCACAAACAAUUGAUGCCCUCAAAGUCAACAUAAUCAACACCAUCAAGCAAAUUCAACCAGAUUUAUGCAACAAAGUAAUAGAAAAUUGGACCACCCGAAUACGUGCCACCAAGCAAAGCCGAGGCGGACAUUUGAACGAUGUUAUAUUCCAUAAAUAA